UUUUCUUUUGUUAAGCUAUUUAUGAAGACAUUUUCUGACUCAAGAGCAUAAAAAGCUUAACCCACCCUUAAAAUUGAAAUAUUAAAGGACUUAUUGUGCGUCUUGGAUAAAACUGUAAACAAAGUGAAACCCAUAUCAGCUAUAUUGGUAAACCACGAUCAUGAACAUGUGUAAACUAGCUAUUGUCACAAAAUGUUAUAAAGUAUAAAACUUUGAACAUGGAAAUUGAGAUAACCAUAUGCAUAAAAGGCAAGCCAUAGUGCUUCCGGUUCCGCCGCGGAGGCACGUGAGUUGGCGCGGCGUCUGUCUCCGGCCGCGGGGCGGCGCUGGGAUGGAUCCCUUCUCGUCGUCCUUCUCCGCGUUGGGUAUGGGCUCAGUCGACCCGCAGCUGCGGCAUUUCAUCGAGGUGGAGACCCAGAAGCAGCGCUUUCAGCAGCUGGUGCACCAGAUGACGGAACUUUGCUGGGAGAAGUGCGUGGACAAGCCUGGACCAAGGUUGGACAGCCGGGCUGAGGCCUGUCUCGUGAACUGCGUUGAGCGCUUCAUUGAUACAAGCCGGUUCAUCGUGAAACGACUGGAGCAGACGCAGAAAUCCAGGGCAGGCUUCUCAGAAAGCCUUUCUGACUGACCUCAGCAUUACCUCUUUGGAAAAGAAAGAUGACUUACAGGACGUAAUAGAGAGAGCUGUUCAGAUUGGUGUUAAAAAGUUUAUGAUUACAGGUGGAAAUCUACAAGACAGUGAAGCUGCACUGCAUUUGGCA